AUGGGGAAUGCUUUGACUCCUCGAAGGAAAGGAAAUAGCCUCCUCGAAGGAAAGGAAAAUUUACGAGGGAGUCGAAAUUCAAAAGUUGAUGUUGGUGUAAAUACGUUUUUUCUAGAAGACACAUUUAUUAAAAAUAUUGCUUUGAAUAAACCCAGUAAUAUCAGCAGUACGUAUUAUGGAAUACCCUGUUCUUGUUGUGCUGUUGAUGGUAUCCUCACAAGUCAAAUCAACACCAAAAAUUCUAAAUUAGAAUGGUGGUGUGUUGAUCUCGAGCAAGUAUUCAAUUUAUAUUACAUCGAGAUAUAUAACGCUUAUUCACAAUAUCCUAGUGUGAUGGAAAGAUUCAAUGGUUUCCAGUUACGAUUCAGUAAUACCGGACAAUGUGACUACGAGACGUUUCAUGAAGCCAGACUGUGCUACAAAGACAACAUACAAUAUGCACAGAAGACGUACAAAAUAACAUCAUGCAAUUAUCAAUCAGUUUUCUCUUCGAGAUUUAUAUUUCUCUUUAAAUUAAAUGGUAACGAACAUCAGUAUCCAGUCACUUCCUUAGCUAUUCCCGGUUUUGAAAUUUAUUUCAGUCGUUCUUUUGUUACCUUUGUAAAUUUAAUUACUGGAAGAGUACUCUCCCUAGUAAAUUGUUAUCAUUGUAUGACCUUGGCAUUUCUUUAUUUCCAGUGUGAAUCUUAA